AUGUCAAAGAAAUAGCAGGCAGAUAUUUUGUAGCCUAAAAAAGUAACAAAUCUCAAAGAUUUAAUGAACGUAGGCUAUUUUGAGUAUGCUUAAAAGGGAGAUUCAAUAUAUACUUUAGUGCCAUAUGUUACAAAUAAAUAGCUACAUAAUUAUACUAAAAUACUCGAAAAAAACAAAGAUCCCUAAAAUGUUUCUGAGCAAAAAUAAAAAAUAAAAAACGAUAUUAAAAGGGAAAUAGAAAAUUUACGUAAAGAAAUUGGAGGAUGCUAUGAUGUCUUAAAGAAUCUUGGUUCAUUUUAAGUAGUUAAAACAGAAAGAUUUGAUUUACCUGACAAUAUUAAAGCAAAAGAUGUAAUUACAUCUAUGCUGAUUCGUAAGCAAGAAAUAUCAGUAACUAGGAAGAUGUUUUAGGAUGGUUUAUAAUCAAUUAGAGAAUGUCUAGAAUAGCAAGAAAAUACAAUUAAAUAGUAGCAAAAGUAUAAGCAGUCAUUUUACAUAUCUUAAAGUUCCUAAGUAUCUUCUUAUAAGCCUUUCCCUUAUAAAAAAAUUGAUAAUUAGAUUUAUAUAAACUUCUACAACAUACCUAUCUUUAAUGAUAACCAAAUCGCUCCUUUAAAUAUAUCCCCUUAUUUACUAUUCAUCCCUCUUCAAUAUAAAAAUGAUUAAAUAACUGCUAAGUUAGCUGACGUUUACAGAACAACUCCUGAUAUAUUUGAAAAGCAGUUGAUAAUAAAGGUUGUUAAAAAUAAUACUCUAGGUCAAGAUCCAGAAAAACUUGGGCCAACAAUCUAAUAAAUAUCGUUUUUAUUUAAACCUUAAUUAAGUGAAGAGGAUGGGGAUGAAGACGAUGAAUCUCAGAUAUAAAAGAUAUAUUAACUAAGAUACAGAGUAUAUGAAAGGGUUAUUUUUAACAAGUUAAUAAAUAUUUGUAACAAAUUCGUCCCUAAAUAAUUAUAUAUCUACGACACAUCAGUCUAUCCAAACUUAUCUAUAUUUAUUGAUGACAGCUAUACUCUAAAAUUUGAGUUGAAAAAGCUGAGCUAGGAAGAAAAACGAUUCUAUGAUAAGAAAAAUUCAUACAUGUCAAGAAAACAACAAGAGGAAAAUAUAGCAAACUAAAUUUCUUAUAGCACUACAAGAUCUCCUUAUACACUAAAUUUAUAUAGUAAUUUGUUUAAUUAUAUGACAAAGAUGCCAUCACAUCGCUCAUUGAUAAAAUAUAUAAUUGAAAUUAAGAUAACAAUUGCUUAGAAAUUGUUCCUUUAUUAACCUAGAUUUCAAAUAAAUGUCAUAAGAAACUAAAAUGAAGAAGUUGUUUAUAUUGGUGCUCAUAUUAAUAGAACUUCUUCUAAAUCGAAUUAGGAAUAGCAGUAUGAUACUUAACUUAAAAUUACUCCUUUUACUACAGAAUUUUAGCAAUUAAAUAAAUUGAGCUAUACUUUUUCAAAUUCUUUAAGCGAAAUUCCAAGAUUCUGCAAAGAAAUGUUAUUUGUCUCAGAUACUGGUAUAAUAUCUCAGAGAAACCAACUCAGAAAUUGGGAAUUAGCUUAAAUGAAUCUAUAAUAAUAGAUGAUGCCAGCAUAAACUCCUUAAUGA